AAGAGCAUUAAGUCAAGUGCAGAAUUUGAACCUCAACUCAGCUAAGCUAACUCAUAACACACUCAAUCACAGUCACCAACACAAACACCUCUCUCUCUCUCUCUCUCUGCACUUGGGUUCAGUUUUCAUGGCCGACGCUUCAGAUUGCGACGGUUUCAACCCAGCAGCCACACGCAAGAACGGAACUGAAAAGAAAGAGGAAAAGGAUAUGCCUCUUUCACAGCAAGAAGAAGAAGAAGAACGCUCCGUUCUCGAUUCGGAGCAGGCUCUUGCUCCACCUGGAUCCGAAUUGGAAGCGAAGAAGCAACGCCUCUUGGAGGAGCUGGAAUCCGCUUUGCUCCCCAAAACCAAGCUUAGAGAUUCCAUGAACUCCAACAACCUCCAAGACUUACCUCUCUCUUCGUCUUCUUCUUCUUUUGCAGUUCCCGUCGCCACAUCCAUAGGGUUAGGGUUAGGGAUUCAGGUAAUCGAUGAAACCGCAGUGUUCGAAACCUUUGCCCUUCCUUCUGCUUCCUCAGCUUCUUCAGGAACGGCAAAAGGAACGAAAGCGAAAGCGAAAGCGAAUGCGGAUGUAGCACUUAAGAAGGACGGAAACAAGAAAUCGAAUUCAAGAAGAAAGGCCAAGAAGAAUGCUGCAGCAUUGAAGCAGCACAACAACAUGAAUGGGAGGAAGAAUGCCACGGGGGCUGCAAUUGCAAAUGGAACUGGGAAGAAGAGACGGUACUCAAGGAAGGAGAUGGAGGCCCUGAGGUUUGUGAAUGAGGACAAACAGCGCUUCUUCUGGAACGAGAUAUACAGAGGCCUUCAACCUCACGUCGCCAAUGAAUAUGAUACCUUGUUUGCUGUGGCUUCUGUGCCAUACUUUCCAAACAAGAAACCAACUCCACCGAUUCUCAGUUCUUGUGAGAACACUGAUGCUGAAAAUUGGAGUGCUGUUGACUCUUCUUGCAGUCAUAGUGUUAUCAGUGAGGAUGGGUGCUCAAAUCUAGAAGAACACAGUGAGGAGGAUGAUACUGACGAUGAUUAUGCUAGCAUACAGAGGCCUGCCUUUUUUGUCGACGGGGAACCUGAUUUUGAUUCUGGUCCACCAGAAGAUGGGUGGGAAUAUCUUAGGCGUGUCAGGUGGGAGGCAGAUCAAAUACCAAAAGUGAAGGUAGCCAAACUAGAUAGAAGUAAACUCAACAAGGAACAAAGUGCUUACAUGCCCAAGAUCCCUGAUAUUGCCAAGUGUCCAGAGCAUCUGUUGCCAUCUAAACAGUGGGAGGAUGUAUUUCUUGCUGAUUUUUCUGCUCUGAGGGCGAGUAUCUCAGCUCAUGAAUGUUUGAAUGCCAUGAAUUCCAGUAAUAUGCAAACCGUUCAGACAUCCCAGCUACUUGAGAACAAUUCUGGAGAAUCUGCUAGUGUAAUGAACAAGGACAAGGAUGUCCCACUUCAGAGUAAUUUAAGUGAUAGUAAGACAAUUGAUCCACCCCUUGAACUGACCUCUGAGGAUAAGGAUGCCACAAUGCCUCUGGAAAAUCCUGGAUCAAAAACUUCUGUUGAUGGAACUAGGAGUAGCUCUCUCAGUCCUCCUAUGCUUUCUUCAGUCUUACGAAUGGACCCUGUAGCUAGGGUUUCAAUGUUGCUCAAACGGAUUAGCUUGCUAGAGUCUGCAAGCACUAUCUCAAGAAAUGAUUGCAUAUGGCUUUUUGCUCUCUGUGCCUCAGUUGAUACUCCACUACAUGCUGAUACUUCCGCCGGUCUCAGGAGUCUGCUGCGGAAGUGUGCUAGCAUACGUGCUGGAAAGGCUGAAUUGGAUGAGGAGGUUGUAAUGUUGAACAUCCUGGCUACAAUUUCGGGGAAGUAUUUUGGACAAUCCGAAGGUUGAAUUCUUGCUUGUUAACUUAUUGGUUUUUGACAUCUUUUGCUCUGCCCUUUAUGGCCUAAUUUGGAUGUAAAAUGAAUGCACGAGAACUGUUGAAAAUUGUAAUGAUGGUACUUAAGCUUGAAUAAUACUUGACGCGUUUGUUAUUAUUACUGAAAGGAAAUUCCUUA